CUUGUAUUAGUCCUGUCCCACUGGUAACGAAUGCUGACGAGUCCGGUUUCGGCUUUGUGAUAUGAGACUUUUCUAAGUGGGAAGUGGGAAGUGGGAACAUUAUCCCUUUCUGUGUGGACUACGGUCACUUGCGUUUGGGGGAUAAUGAUAAUUUUUGGUGGCAACGAUAAUGUGAGAAUGACGACCACCGCUUUGAUUUUUGGAAUUGUUACCAUCAGCGAAAUGUUUGCUUCCGGGAAACGGUCCACACCCGACCGGCUGCCGUUACAACUCAGCGCAAGUCACUCGUCUUUCCAAAAUCCGCCACCAAUGCACUCAAUGAAAUCGCUUCUGGACGUCCCGGAUGCUUCUAAUGGUAAACUCGACAACGUUCGCGGACGUCGUCGCUCUGCUCCGGCGGCAGUCUCGCAUGCGGGAAUGAAGAAUUUCGCAGUGGAUGCGAUGGAAACCGCUGCAGUGUCGCAGGAAAAUGCGGGGAAACAAACAAAAGGAUGCAGCAUUAGAUUACGGCUUCCUGUAAUUUGCGAGAAUGUUGUGGAGGAUUCUGUUUUGACUGAUAAAGUGGUUAAUCGGAAUGCAAAGGACUUGCCGGGCUUUGGUUGCAACUCUAGCGAUAUUGCUCCGCAGUCAAAGAAACAGUCUUGCUUCUGGGGGCGUUUGUGGCAAUUUAUUAAGGCUGCUUUGAUUGGAAUGUGCGGUACGAUUGGACUUAUGGCUGCAAUUUAUGUGGUCAUCCUGUAGGAUUCCUCUAAACUAGCCAAUAUGACGUGAUUACAUUUUCACGAUUUUACUUUUUCACUGUACAGAAAUAGCAGUAUGCUUGAAUCUUGAAUACAUUGCAUGAUUUAUAUAACCUUGAGAAUGUUCAACCUGUUGGAUUUAGCUAUUGGUGCAGAUUUAGUAUUUUUAAUUUGUUCUGACUGACGUUCAGGUACUGCGGAAUAUCGGGUCACUAUAGUCGAGUUGAAGUAAAUG